AUGGGUAGAAGGGACCCGCCACUGCCGGCGGCUGUGGAGUCCCUGCGCCUGAACCUGGAGCGGGAGGCCGCCGCCAGAAGCGCCCUCGCCGCCGACGUGACGGCCCAGGUCAAGGAGCUCCACGGCAUGCUGGCUCAGGCGAACGAGCGGCGCGAGAAGGACGCGGCGGACGCCGCGGCCGCGGCCGACCAGCGCGCCUCGGAGCGGGAGGCGAGGCUGGCGUCUCUGGAGGGCGCAGGCCUGGGCUCGCUGCGGGCGGAGCUGGACGCCGUGCGGGAGCAGCUGCGCAAGAGCAGCCGCGAGUGCCUGCGACGGUGCGAGGCGGGGAUGCCUCCGCGAGGCCUGUGA